AUGCGAUUACGCCUACAGUCACAUUGCUCAACCACGUCAGCGUCAACACCGCCAGUCGAGGACGGAUACGUUGACGGAGUAGAGCAUCUUGGUGACUAUCGACCGGGCGUCUAUCACCCAAUCCGCAUCGACGAUCGACUAAACGAACGGUAUCGAGUAGUGCACAAGCUCGGCCACGGGACGUUCUCGACCGCCUGGCUUGCCGUUGACGAGAAGUUGUCCAAGUACGUUGCUGUCAAAGUCGGCACUGCGGAUGCGGACUGCGCCGGGGUUAAUGUCCUUUCUCAGUUUACACAGAGCGCUGCAAGCGACAUCGACCCGGAGAAGAACUUUUCCCUGGUUCCCGUCAUUCUCGAUCGCUUCAACCUCAGCGGGCCUAACGGCACCCACCCGUGCCUUGUCACCCUUCCGGCACGGUGCAGCCUGCGGGACGCAAAGGAGGCAUCAGAUCUUCGUAUUGGCAAUUUCCUAUUACAGUUGCCCUACUCUCUGGAUAACCUUUCGAUACAGCAAUUGUACGCGCGGUACGGCGAGCCGGAGAAAGAGCUGGUAAUUCGCCUCGACACCCAGGCACCAUCAACGGACCCCGGAGUCCCGUCCUACGCGGUGCUUUCGGUGUGGCUAGGCGUACCAAGCAAUGAAAUCACUCUAGGCGAGGCCAAAUUGAUCUUGAGCGACUUUGGAGUUGCCUUCCGUCCGGCCAACAAGUCUCGAUUCGAGUCAUACGUGCCGCUCAACUCCGUCCUCCCGAGGCCUUCUUCGAGCCAGGAACGCCUCUCACAUUUGCCUCGGACACCUGGAGCCUGGGCUGUCGAGCUGCAGGGUCCCUUGCCGCCCGAGUGGCGGAGCAAAUGGGAGAAGCGGCCGAGUUGGUAUGACGACGCCGGCAGGCCCUUGGGAAGCGCGUCGGAUAUCUGGCCGUGGGGACGACGGUUCGAGCAGUGGGUGCAGCGCCCGCGGCGGUCGAGGGAUAUGGAGACGAUGGAGGAGGACGAGCGAGACGCGCUGUUGAGGCUCCUGGGGUGGAUGCUCGCAUGGACGCCCUGCGAGCGAUGA